CCGAGCCGCGGAGCGGGCGCGCGAGGGAGGCGGCGGGCGGGGAGCGAGCGAGGCGCAGCGAGCGGGUGAGGCCGGCGUCCCCCGCCUCGGCGGCGCCCCGGCCUCUGUCCACGCCGCGGGGAGGACGAACUUCACCAGGUAACUCUUCCUGCAGGAUGAAUUAAGAGAAGACGAUCUCAGCCGUUGAGAAUGGAGGGCAGUGUGUCAGCUUCCAGUAUGCAGGACCCUUCAUCCUCACCCUUGGAAAAACAUCAGAGCUCCGCUGAUCGUAAUGGAGAUCUUGACUCAGAAGAAGGCUCCAGUUUGGAGGAGACCGGCUUCAACUGGGGGGAGUACUUGGAAGAGACAGGAGCUAGUGCGGCUCCACAUACAUCCUUCAAACACGUUGAGAUCAGCAUUCAGAGCAACUUCCAGCCGGGGAUGAAGCUGGAGGUGGCCAACAAGAAGAACCCGGACACAUACUGGGUGGCCACAGUCAUUACCACCUGUGGGCAGCUGCUGCUGCUGCGUUACUGUGGUUACGGGGAGGACCGCCGGGCUGACUUCUGGUGUGAUGUGGUGAUUGCAGACCUGCACCCCGUGGGGUGGUGCACACAGAACAACAAGACCCUCAUGCCCCCGGACGCUAUCAAAGAGAAGUACACAGACUGGACAGAAUUUCUCAUUCGGGAUUUGACUGGUUCCCGGACGGCCCCCGCCAGCCUUUUGGAAGGUCCUCUGCGAGGGAAAGGCCCUAUAGACCUCAUUACAGUUGAUUCCUUAAUAGAGCUGCAGGACUCUCAGGACCCUUUUCAGUUCUGGAUAGUUAGUGUGCUUGAGAAUGCUGGAGGAAGAUUACGCCUUCGCUAUGUGGGAUUGGAGGACACUGAAUCCUAUGACCAGUGGUUGUUUUACUUGGAUUACAGACUUCGACCAGUGGGUUGGUGUCAAGAGAAUGAAUACAGAAUGGACCCACCUUCAGAAAUCUAUCCUUUGAAGACGGACUCAGAGUGGAAACGUGCUCUGGAGAAAUCUCUUAUUGACGCUGCUAAGUUUCCUCUUCCAAUGGAAGUGUUUAAGGACCAUGCAGAUUUGAGAAGCCAUUUCUUCACAGUUGGAAUGAAGCUAGAGACCGUGAACAUGAGUCACAUUUGCCCUGCAUCCGUGACCAAGGUUUUUAACAAUCACUUUUUUCAAGUGACGAUUGACGACCUCAGACCAGAGCCUAGUAAACUCUCGAUGCUGUGCCAUGCGGACUCUCUGGGGAUCUUACCAGUUCAGUGGUGCCUUAAAAACGGAGUCAAUCUCACCCCUCCCAAAGGUUACUCCGGCCAGGACUUCGACUGGGCAGAUUAUCACAAACAGCAUGGGACCGAGGAGGCGCCUCCUUUCUGCUUCAGAAACACAUCGUUCAGUCGGGGGUUCACGAAGAACAUGAAGCUUGAAGCCGUGAACCCCAGGAACCCGGGCGAGCUCUGUGUGGCCUCCGUCAUAGCUGUGAAGGGGAGGCUGAUGUGGCUCCGCCUGGAAGGCCUGCAGAGCCCGGCUCCAGAGUUCAUCGUGGACGUUGAAUCUAUGGACAUCUUCCCUGUGGGUUGGUGUGAGGCCAACUCCUACCCUCUGACUACACCACACAAGACAGCCUCACAAAAGAAGAGGAAGAUCGCAGUUGUGCAGCCAGAAAAACAAUCACCAUCCACAGUGCCUGUUGAGAAAAUACCUCACGACCUUUGUCUGUUCCCUCACCUGGACGCCACAGGAACGGUGAACGGGAAGUACUGCUGUCCUCAGCUUUUCAUCAACCACCGGUGUUUCUCGGGCCCCUACCUCAACAAGGGCAGGAUCGCCGAGCUGCCGCAGUCGGUGGGGCCAGGCAAAUGCGUGCUGGUCCUUAAGGAGAUUCUUAGCAUGCUCAUCAACGCAGCUUACAAGCCUGGGAGGGUGUUACGGGAAUUACAGCUGGUGGAAGACCCACACUGGAACUUUCAGGAGGAGACGCUGAAGGCCAAGUACAGAGGCAAAACGUACCGGGCUGUGGCCAAGAUCGUCCGCACCUCCGACCAAGUAGCGGACUUCUGCCGCCGGGUCUGUGCCAAGCUCGAGUGCUGUCCAAAUUUGUUCAGUCCUGUGCUGGUUUCUGAAAACUGCCCGGAGAACUGCUCUAUUCACACCAAAACCAAGUACACUUAUUACUAUGGGAAGAGAAGGAAGAUUAGCAAGCCCCCGAUUGGGGAAAGCCGCGUUGAGAGUGGACACCCUAAACCGGCCAGACGCAGGAAGCGACGAAAAUCCAUGUUUGUGCAGAAGAAGCGGAGGUCGUCCGCAGUGGACUUGGCCGCAGGCUCCGGAGAGGAGAGCGAAGAGGAGGAUGCAGACGCCAUGGAUGAUGACUCUGGGAGUGAGGAGACUGGCUCCGAGAUCCGUGAUGACCAGACAGACACGUCCUCAGCUGAGGUGCCCUCCACCCGGCCCCGGAGGGCCGUGACCCUGCGGAGCAGCGUGGAGGCCGAGCGCCGGGCCCCUGUGGAGAGGUCGCGCAGGGCCCGGAGGGCGCCGGCCACCCCGCAGGCCGAAGGAGCCCCCCGGAGCCCAGCCACCAGCCAGGAGGCAGCAGAGGAUGUGAAGCAGGAGGAGGAGGAAAGGUUGGUUCUGGAGAGCAACCCACUGGAGUGGUCGGUGACAGACGUGGUGAGGUUCAUCAAGCUGACGGACUGCGCGCCCCUGGCCAAAAUAUUUCAGGAGCAGGACAUCGACGGGCAGGCACUGCUGUUGCUGACACUCCCCACGGUACAGGAGUGCAUGGAGCUGAAGCUGGGCCCCGCCAUCAAACUCUGCCACCAGAUUGAGCGGGUCAAGGUGGCCUUCUACGCCCAGUAUGCCAACUGACCCCUCCUGGUCCCAGGCUGCCAGCCGGCCCAACGAAUGCCACGUCUUGGGUCUCAGGAGGUUUCCCGGGCUGGAACUUCCAUUUUCCCCAGACGUGUGUGAUGGUGCGUCCAACAGGUGUCCACAUGAGGGCCUCCUCCGCCCACCAGCCUGCUCGACAUUUCCGUGUUUGCAGAGCACCCGAGCCCACAGCAGUGGUCCUGCAGGGUGUGAGUUACCGCUCACACCCCACGGGUUUGGACCUGCAUCUCUGUAGACCACACCCCAAUUUUCUCCUGCCCCAAACCAGGCAGCUUCCUAAGCCAAGGCCCAUGCUUCAGAAACCCAGGCGCAGGUGAUGACUUUUCCGUCGUGACCCAAGAGGAGGUCUUCCGGUGACUUCACAGUCAUUUUACCCCAAGUGCCUCCCUAGGUGCUUCUUUCAGGUUGAAAUGCGUGGCUGUCGCUGUAGUUUGGUCUCACGCACGGCUCUGGGCGAUGUUUUGGAUGGCAGCGGAAAAGGGACUCCGCCUGUUGGGCAGUGAAGGAAGAAGGAGCAUGUCGUGGUGGGGCGGUGGGCAUCCAGGCAGCCUUCAGGGAGGAGGCAUGCUUGCCAUCCUGUAUGGAACCUUCAAGGGCCCCCGCAUUCUGAAUAACUGCGACCAGAUGGGAGAGGGGCUUCUUGCAUCCCUUAGGGCAUCUUGCCUUGUGCAUUGAAGGCAGAGAGCUUCGUUCCAGAGAGCAAGGCCGGGGGAGACUGGGGAAAGCUGCUGAUGCACCAGCUCCUCCCCUGAGGGGUCGCUGCUCCGGGUCUCCCGGGGAGGUCCCCUCUGAGCCCCAGCUUGGUCACCCCUGCAGAGCCACUCGCGCCCCUGGGUCAGCCAGUGACUGACCCCAUCAUCUAGGCUGACGUUGAAUCACCCUGGACCUCCUCCUGGUGAAGCAACAGGUGUGAACUCUGACGAUGUGGCAGGGACAUGGGUCCCCUCGUCCCCAGCGCACUCCUGCUGCCAGAGGAGAGUCUGGAUUGGCCAGGAGACAAAGAGACGGACCGUGUAAUGCUGCAGCCCACCCUGCCUCUGGUUUACUUAGGAUGUCCCUUGGCAGUUUUCAUUAAGUGGGGCUCGUCAUUUAUAGAAAGAUCCAUGACUCCAGGAGCCAGCUGGUCUCUGGAACCAGGCGCUUGUCCACAUGUACCCUGCAAGGAGCUGUUAUAUUUUUUUCAGUCCCAAAUGGACCAUUGUCUUCUGUGCUGGUUGUUGCUCAAAUGUCUUUUUCAACUUGUGCGCGGAAGCUCAGCCUCCACGUUGCCCAGGAGAAGCGGGGGUGCACAGCCUUCUCUUCCUUUAUUACCUUGACCUUUUCUCUUUGAUGAGAGUGUCAACAGUUCCAGGAAUAACGUCCUGGGCGGGCUGAUGAGCUGCUUGUAUUUCUGCAACGUACGGAGGCCCGGCGUCCUGUCAGAUGUUGAGAGGCUCAAUCACGCAGGCUAACCUUCUGUUGUCAUCUGUCACCAAUACUGAUGAAAAGGGGAAACACGCAUUUAGUGGUUGAGGCUGUCGUCUCCCCCGUGACUGACCCUAAGGCAGGUUUAAACAUUUGGCAAUGGACUUGCCUGGGCGCCUCGGCCGAGAGCCCCGUCUUCUCAGCCCAUGAACACGGGCAGUUCCGUGGGGAGUCAGGCCUGGCCUGUGGUUUGAUUUUUCGUCUCCGGGCUCAAGUUUCCACCCCUUCUCUGUUCUUCACCUCUUGUCUCCUUAGUCCUGGGGCUUUUGUCCAGCUCUGUCAGCUGCUUGAGAAGGGCUUCCUUGAAAGGCCUUGGGUGUUUUCCUGCCUCGGACACACUUGUGAUCCUCACUGUGGCCUUUUCUAGCUGAGCUCGUCCCAUUGCACAUGUGGUGCAAAUGAAGCGGGGGACACUCACUCUUUCAGAAUGCGUGUCACCUUCUCGUGUCCUCCCUGAGUGGCACUGGGGCGGGUUGCUCUGGAGUCAGGUGCUCUCUGGUGCCCGUGACAGGGGUAAGCCCUGGAGUCCACCCCGAGGAGCUGGAGGCCUCCCACCUGGCAGCCGAGGAAGACACCCUGCUGGCGCUGGGGACGCGGCCUCUUCGUGAGGGGCCAGGUGCGCAGAGCCCCCCUCAUCCUCUUUGAGGGCUCAGCGCUGUCAACCCACAUGCCUGGUGAGGGGCCGGCCGUGCUGGGCCAGGGGAGGUCCAGCUGCAGCUUGGGGCCAUCAAGGUGCUGUCAGCCCGCCCUGCUAGGAGCCGGGAGACUCUUCAGGGUCAAGAAGAUGUGUUUUUUGGUUCUGAGUGCUGCUCAUGCACCCUCCGGCUCCGAUUCUCUGGGAAUUCCCUGCUGGCUCUGUGCCCCUUCGAGUCAGCAGGAUUGAGCUGCAGAGUGUCAGGUGGCGUUCAUGUCUCUGUAGGGUUCACCGCUCACCAGCUUCCAUCUCAGAGAAACGGCCAGUUUUUGAGGAACGUUUGCCUGUCGUGACUGUGUCGUUACUGUGUUUUUGUCCCUUGUGGCGGGAAGAGUUCAUCUCACACCUGUAGCCGCCAGCGUACCACGGCCCCUGGGAUAAACCCGUAUUGGUUGAAAUGCUCCACCCAGCGAUGCCCCCUUCCCUCUUCAUCUCCAAAUGCUGCCAUCUCCCCGCAGUCUCCCAGAAGAUGCUUUGGGACCGGAGUCCUCUCCUCUGUGUGCACCACACCGCUUGGUCCCUUCGGGAACUGCCUGAGAUGCAGAGGCUUCAGUCUGAGCAGUGUACCACCUCAUCUCGAAGGCUGAGACUCCAUCUCUCAGUCCCACCCUAAAGCUGAGGACGCUUCCGUUGACCUCUGACCUCUUGACUGUUUGUGUCCUGUGUUAGGAAAAUCUCUUUCCCACAAAAAUGUAAACCUAGAAAGAGUAAGUAAGGUAUGACCCCCAUUACAGAACAACUCAUUUUUUGCUUAUCAAAAAAAAAAAAGGCAAAAACCCAGUUUCCUUCACCACAAAGUUGCAUAGUAUGGAGAAAUCUGUCACUUUUAAAAUUAGGUUCAUUUGAUCAAAGUUUGACUCACAGUUUGCGCUGUACAGCUGUUAGGUUUCUUUGCCUUAUUUGAUCAUAUUUGAACAAUGAUUUCCUGUGUUUGAUCUGUGUCUCAAUGAAUUAGAGUGACUCAGACCUUUCACACUGGCCCCUCUGGCCCACACGACAGUCUCUGGAAGGUUGGUUUUGAUCAGCCUUUGAAGAUUGGUCUCAGUUUCCUUAAUUGGUGUCAGAGAAUCUGGAGUGUUGUUAUCAGGCGAGUUCUGAGCCUUGCUUUUUAUCUUAAACCAAAUGUCCCUAUCUAAGGGUGUCUUCUCCCUUCGUUUUGGAAGCAUUAGAAGUUUCAUACUUCUUUUGUCAAACACCCAUUUGUGUUUAUUUCUGUAGAUAGAACUGUAGACACAGUUGCGUUAAGUAGAGUCUUUGUGAUUUGAGCAGUAUUGUUGUUCUUUUGGUGAAUCUAGGCUCCAAGUCCUGCUCUAUCCUUUUGUCUUUAGAAAACUGAGAUCAAAGCUACAGUUUUUUGAAGGUAAAAAUAGUUAAUUUUCAGGUAUCUGUAGUUUUUAAGGAAAAAACAAUUGUUACGGAGACAUACACACGGUUUAUGAAAUAACUAAAUAACAAGAGAAGGUCCGUUGGCAACAAUGACAGUGUCAUGAUUCUCUUUCUUCCCUCACUUGUUCUUUCUUUCAAGAGUUCUCUGGAAAUUGCUUUACUCCUUUCAGCUGGGUGGUUUUUACGUUCGGCAACUCUCAGAGCUUUUAUCACUAGGGUUGAUUUGCACAGAUCCUGACCCAAGGCAGUAGUCUCCAUCUGUGCUAUUUUUGACCCACUGAAUUCACCUAAAAAUUGUAAGUGCUGACACGGUGCUGCCUUGGGUUUUGGUUAAGAAAAGCGUCUCUGGUUUAGAGGAUCAGUUAAUAACACAGUAUCCUGAGCUGCAGACUUUCUGUCUUACUGGUUUUAUUUUAAAAAUGGCUAGGAUUGGGUACCAGUGAGGACCAGUAGGUCAAUAGCUGCAUCGCCAGACAGAUUGGGUGCUUCAUGUGGACCAGAGGGAUGUGUUGAAGAAAAAGUUCUAAUCGGCAUUUGCUGAAAACCACUUUACAGUGGGAGAUGGAAAACAAAAAGUGUUUUAAAUGACAGAAAAAAAAGAUCAUCUCAUUUGUUGUUCAGAAUGGGAGCCUGCAUGAGGUCUAGAAGCAUAAACCACCCCUAGUCGUGACAUCGAAAGCUGUUUCACUGCUCUGAAUUCCGGUUUGAAUAGUUUGUAUUGGAACUUGAUUCAUAUCUUGUGUCUGUUCUGGUGCGUAGAAGAGAAAAGUUGGUGUUUUUACUUUUGAAAUUUGCAGGACAAAAGGGCAUGUCAUUGAUUUGCUGUAAGAUUAUAUUCUGUAUAUAUGUUUUCAUGUAAAUAAAUGAAAAUCUAUAUCAGAGUUAUAUUUUAAUUUUUAUUCUAAAUGAAAAAAACCCCUUUUUACUUGAAAAAAUUGUAAGCCACCUUGUUAAUAAAGUAAGAAUAAAUUCUA